ACAGAGCAAACGAUAUCAGACGUGGGCGCGGUUCCGGUCCUCAACCAUUCUACCAAGUUCGUGAAUGGCUUUUUCAUCUGCACAAUCGGACAAGUACAAACAACGAGGAAAAGGGACGGAAAAUAAUUCAGAGCUUCGGCAGAAGCUUCGGCAGAAGCUCUCCAUUGAGACGCAAAUAAACAUGGCAAAUGAAGAUGAACAAGCGGUGGCCAAAGUCAGUGCUGCAAUGUUAAGCAUCACAAAGGCAGCUGAUCUCAGAGAAGAUCUAGCGAUGAUGAUGCAACCAUACACAAACUGGGAAGAAUUUUUUAUUCCAGCACCAAUGACUAUUGCAUUAUUGGGUCAGCUGCUUGUAGUGUCAACUGGUAAUGACUUUCCAAUUGAUCAAAAUAUGCCUAAAGAUGGUUACAAGUUCAUCAGGUACCCAAAAUCUUUUCGGGCAACCCUUGUUCAGACUAGCAAUGCUGGAUAUAAAGCAUUCAAUAAGGCACACACAGGCAUGGAUCAGAUUCGACUUCUUUCACAAUCUAUACCGUCAACAAUGACAAAAGUGGUGAAAAUAUUGACUCACACUGAUACACAGGCAGUUGAGUUGAUUUUGCCCCUUCAUCUUAAAAAAAUAAAAGCUACGGCAGAUACCUGUUUGAAAAGAGCUCAAGAUGUUGAAAAUGAAUUUAAUAACGUCAUGGAGCUCACUGGAGAGCUUUUGGAAGCUUGCACAAAUUCCAAAAGUCAGUACGAAAAUGAUUUGUCUAAUAUCAAAAAGGAACUGGAAAUCCUUAAGAUUAAGAAUGACUUAGCAAAACAAGAAAAAGAGAAUUCUGAAAUGGUUUUUAAGCAAAUGGAAAAGGAGUUGGAAGGAGCUAAGAAACACCACAAGGAAUCUGUAGAUAACAUUCCGGAUGCAUACACGAUGCUUAAAGUGUCACUCACAGAAGGCCUAAUUAAUGGCAUAAAAAGUGCAAUAUCUGUUGCAACCUUUCAAUAUAUAACUGGAUGUGGAAAAGUUCAAACGACAGGUAAUGUUCAAGAUGCAAGCAAUGAUAUAGAUCCAAUGAAUAGCGGAUCAACAUAUGUACAACACAACAUUUUCACUAUAUCUGCCACUAUGAACGCCUUCAUACAAAUGAUAAGCGUGCCAGAUAGAUCAAACUUACAAAAUAUGGAGGAACAACAAAUUCAUUACACUAUGUUACAAAAGGAAUUCCAAACAUUUUACAAUAAAUUGAGUGAAGCAGAUGACUGCCCAGAAAAGAAAACUGCAAUGGAAAUAUGUUCCUCUGCAGAAAAAUUAUGCUACAAAAUCAUGUGCUCAGAAAAAGACCAAGAAGUGAAUCCAAAAUAUAAAAAUAGAAUCCCCCAAAACAUUUAUAAGUUGAAAAAACGUAUGGAGAAUUUUUUGAGGGGAAAAAAAGCAGUUCUAAACGCUCCAAUUGUUACUGCAAGGCCACCAAACAUCUCUAAACAGUCUAUCCCAAAUCAAGGAAGUAUGUCUGACAUGGUGAUGCAAAAUGCCCGCAUGCAAUUGCAGAACGCCACAGAACAAGUUAAAUUAACACAAGAACAACAUGACAAGGUCCACGAGAAUCUACAGAAAACCAACAGGGAACUUAAUGAGAUACUUAUAGAUAUGCAAAAACGUGAUCGGAAACAAAUAGAUUUUGAGAGUUCCCUUCAAAUGCUCGUUAAAGGUCUCAAAGCAAUUGCCCUUAUUCGAGAGCAAUGGGGAAAGCUUGUGCGCUUUUUUCAAAUGAUAUCCAAUCUUAUUGACACGUGUCUCCACAAGGAGCUAACCCAUUUCACGGAAGAAUGCAAACAAGUCUCAAAAUUGGCAUUACAUUCAACACGAAUUGAUUUUUUAAAAGACACCAUCUACACUCAGGUUUCACAAGCAGCUGCAGUAUCACACUUGGUAAACAUGAUUUCUGGCGCGUACGUCGAAGUCUCUAACCGUUACCUUAUGGAUAAUGUCAGCAGCCUUGGCAAGCUCAUAGCUCUGGAUGAGAAAACGGGUGAACUUGCACGAGCCGAAGAAGAACUCAGUGAAAAUUGUACAAUUGCUCAAGAAGGGAUAAGGAAGUUGGCUCUGGAAUCUAAAGAAGAGCAUGACAUAAAACUUCAAAAGAGACUGAACUCUAUUCAGAAACAAUUAACGGCAGUCCUACCACUAGAAGUAGAAAAUCCCUCAGCCAUAUCAGGAAUAGAAGAAAGUGAUGGUGAUGAUGACGAUCAAUUCGCUUAGAGCAAAGUACAACUACGUUUUUACAAAAUAUCAGCAUAUGUUGACGUUGCAAAUCAAUUCAUACAAUUGGAAUUAAAAACAAUUCUCUUCAUUUACAUGUGAGGUUCCUGCAGCCUUAACUUUUAAAAAUCUACUUUAUUCAACUACGAUAACAUGUGUGUUUGACUUCAUCAUGAGCUGCCGCUUCUGUUGCCCUCCUUUACCCGUCCUCCGUAGACCACAGGCAAUCAGUAAAUUAGGCGAGGGAAUGUAACACGAUAGAUAGAAUGUUACCAGUGAGUAUAGCUGGAAUGCUCACCAUUGUGACCAACCACUUGCUGUAGACUAGGGUUGUGAAGCAUCAGCAUCUACAUGCAGCGGCACAAGCGAUAACAGCAACAACA